GCUUCUUCCAGGUCGCAUUCAACAGCUCGGGACUUAUUUGAAUCCUCAACGAAGGUGAAUGCCUCCGCGCGUUACGGAGAGGCCGCGUCGCGACUUGCCAACGGGAGGCGGUGACGGCGACUUCUUGGACUGAGGCGGGGGGGGGGGGCGGUGGCAGCUCGCCGUAGCUAUGGCCGAGCCAAGCCCGAAAAGACUCAAGAGCGGCCUGCCCCUGUGCACCAUCCAUCGACAUGGCAGAGCUCUCAGCCAGCUUGUGAAGCAGAAUUUCCCGCCCGUGGUGGAGGAAGCCUUGUGCGGAGUCACCAGCACCCUGCUGGAAGUCUCCUACGUCUUCCAGAUGCUGGGUGAAAUCUUUGAUCUCUCUGAUAUGAGUCUACCAAAUGUUUCAAAAUUCUUCUGGGAACAGGCAAAGGAAGAGAAGGAGGCAGCAGAGGUACUGAUACAAUACCAGCAUGACAGGGGAGGCCUGUAUUGUACCAAAGUUAUCCAGAAACCACCCAAUGUGUAUAUAAAUGGCGUGGCAGCGGCUCUGGAAGUUGCCUUAAUACAGUGGAAGAUGUUAGCAGGCUAUUUUGAGGACCUUUAUGCUCUGAGUAUCAAGAACUCAGACCCUCACACUGCAAGCACAAUUAAGAAACAAUUUCUAGCACCCAAGAUCCAGAAGAUCAAGCUGAUGGGAGAUCUGAUUACUAAUGCUCAUAGGCUUAGGAGUGCUCAGGAUGGCAGAGGUAACCUUGAGAACUAUCUUCUAGACCGUUUAGAAAAAGAACUAAGGAUUGAGCCAGACUUAGAAGCUCAUUGCAGUCCCCGUACACCACUUUAGAAAUGUUCAGGAACUGCAAAGGCAAUUCAGUUGUUGCCAGAGGAGUUUCUACAGCAGAAUCAUAGAUUUCUUAUUACAACAGGCUUUACCUCUAGCAGAUAUAAUAACAGGCUUUACCGCUAGUAGAUAUAAUAAAAGCCUAGUGAGUGGC